CCGCGACUCGCAAACCCUGUACUCGCUGAAGCCCAUCGGAAAUGGCUUUGACUUCAUCCCAUCCGACGUAAUGGAUCAACGUCAGGACGACGGCAACUAUCAUCUGGGAGACAUCACAUUUCGCGCCAGGAUCGCUGGAACCUCGGCAUGGCUCAGCGGAGACUCGUCGCAGGCUCGCAAGAACGUGACUACCCUUCCGGUGUCGGGUGAUACUCUUGCUGCUGCAGAUCUGGCCCCAACCUUGCCUUCUAAUUCGCUUCUCAACGUCACUCGGCGAUGGGUCCAGACAAAUGGUUCUCUUCAGCUUCUUUUCGAUGUCGCGAACUCUCAGAGUAGCCCAGUGGAGAUUGGUGCGCUCGGCGCGCCUCUCGAGUUCAACAAUAUAUUCACAGAUAGGACCACCGAAGAGACCAAUGAACAAUGCAGCCUUUUUGACCCAUACAUCGGCCAGGAUGCUGGUUAUGUUCAGGUCACUCCCCUUCUCGGUACUCUUCCUCCCCUUGUCGUCACUCCCAUAGGGGCAUCGCCUCUAGAGGGUUGGAGGUUCCUUCCUGAGGACGAUUCGACCUCUCUGGGCUAUCAAUCUCAAACAUUCGAGGGCCUGUACGAGUGGCAGUUCCACACGCUUGCGUAUGCGGAGAACGAAUGGGCUGGCGUCACCCCAUGGAAUGCCCCCAGCUCUGCCACCUUACAGCCCGGAGAGACGCGAACAUACGGGCUACAGUUCCUUCUCGCUCCAUCCAUCCGUGAGAUUGAAGACACCUUACAAUCUGCUGAGCGGCCAGUCGCGGUGGGCGUACCAGGCUAUAUCAUUCCUUCAGACCUCCCGGCCAAACUCUUCUUGAGCUACCCCUCCACAGUCUCGUCGAUCUCUGCGACACCGUCUGACGCUCUAUCAUGGGCAAUUAGUUCAGACACCCUGGCCGACGGAUGGGUCGGGUACACUGUCUCUGGACAAACGUGGGGCAGAUCCCGUCUCACGGUCACUUACUCCGAUGGCACUGUGCAGACCGUUCAUUACUACGUGACAAAACCCGCCGCGCAAGCCGUCAGCGAUCUAGGCGCUUUCCUCACCUCCUCGCAAUGGUUCGACGACUCUUCCGAUCCCUUCCAUCGUUCCCCUUCAGUCAUCAGUUACGAUCGUGAAGUCAACGACUUUGUAAGAGAUGAUCCAAGGGCGUGGAUACCUGGUUUGAGCGAUGAGGCUGGCGCUGGAUCCUGGCUUGCUGCAGCGAUGAAGCAGUUUGUUCAGCCCAAUUCCGCCGAGGUCGAAAAGAUGGAGACAUUCAUCGAUCUGACGUUAUGGGGAUCAAUCCAAAAUGCAAAUGGAACUGUUAAGAAGUCUGUCUACUUUUAUGAGCCUAGCUUGGUUCCAAGCUAUAACUAUCCAGACACCAUCGAUUGGGGAAACUGGUGGUCUUGGAGCCAAGCCGAUUCAUAUGCAACGGAUCGCGCAUAUGACUACGUCCAUGUCACAAAUGCCUACUGGGCGCUUUAUCGAGUCGCUCGCAACUAUCCGAGCUUGGUGACGACACACACGUGGCAGUGGUAUCUAAAUCAGGCCGUGAACACGAUAGCCACUAUGACGGAUGGUCAGGUAGGGUAUGCGGAUGAUGGCCUUAUGGGAGAGACCGUCUUCCGCUUGUUGUUGGACGAUCUCAAGAGAGAGGGCCUGACAGCCAAUUUCACUUUGGUGGAGAGCAGAAUGAAAGCGAGAGAGGAAAAUUGGGCUGGGGAGCGUUAUCCGUUUGGCUCCGAGAUGGCAUGGGACUCUACAGGUCAAGAAGGCGUAUACGCGUGGAGCGCUUACUUCAACGACACCGACACAGCGACGAAUGCCGUCAAUUCCAUUCUUGCAUACCAGCCUACCAUCCCUCAUUGGGGCUAUAACGGAAAUGCCCGGCGUUACUGGGACAACAUCUAUGGAGGAAAGCUGCAGAGAAUCGAGAGGCAAAUCCACCAUUAUGGCAGUGGCCUCAACGCGCUCCCUCUCCUUUCCGCCUUCCAAGCCUCGCCAGAUGACGCUCAUCUCCUUCGUGCCGGAUUCGGCGGAAUCUCGGGUCCUCUGUCCAGCAUCGACGAAGGCGGCUUCGCGGCCGCGUCUUUCCACUCAUUCGCGGACACGCUGAAAUGGGAUGGCUACUCCGGCGAUUACGGGCCUAACUUCGUCGGGCUCGCUAUGGGGACGGGCGCGUUCCUCGUACACUUCGACGCGUUUGGUUGGCAGGCGUUUGGCGGAGAGGUACUGAGCAGCAGCCCGACGGUGCGCGUUCGCGUGGCGGACGCGGUUCGGAGGCGCAUUUAUGUGGCGCCUUUGGGGUACUUGCUCGCGCUCGACGCAGGGGCGUUCGAGGAGUUCGAGUACGAUCCGGCCGCGAAGAGUGUUCGGGUCAGCGUCGCGGCCAGCCCCAGCGGCGUAUCCGGUGCAGCUGCCGCUCCUGCGGGCAGAUUGAUAGUCACGAAGAUGGCGCAGGUUAAAGGUGUGGGAGCGCUGUCGCCAUCGCAUACAUUGCAAAAGGAUGCGGGAGCCUGGGUGGUGCCGUUUACAGACGGAUCUGCGACGGUCGACUUGGCUGUGAAAUGAGGAAUGAAGGCAUGUGCGCUUGCCUUGGUGGUUGAAUGAUCCUGUUUUUUGUCUGCUGUUUCGACAUGUACGACAAAUGCUUUGGGUACUGUCCAAUGAACCGAGGAUUUUAAUCCCAGAGGAAUCAGGACGUGCGGGGCGCAAGCAUCGUGCAACUCAUGUAAUGCAUUCCAAUUAUUAUAUUACCAUGCACUGAUCAUUUUCCCGUCUC